AUGCAGGAGGACGGAGAAGCCCGGUGGAGAAAGGAAGGAAGCACCAUUCAAGAGGAGGAAAGCAGUUCACAUGGAGCAGCCCUGCCUAGUCCCGAUGUUCCUUCCAUGGGAGACGGGGAAAAGCCAGGAGGCUCCACGGCUGCAGGAGGGAUGAGCCCUGGUGGACCACGGGAAAGGGGGCUGCCUGGAGGACGAUGCGGGAAGAAGGAAACGCUUGGAGACCCUGAGACGGCCCUGGAGGGUGGUGGGUAUUUCGGAAGACUUGGGAAUCCCCAAAGGAUCCAGGAGGGAGAAAUGAAAUAUCAGUGCCCAGAAUGUGAAAAAUCUUUCAAAAGAAAUCGACAUCUUCAAAGGCAUAUAAGCAUCCACACAGGAGAGAAGAAAUAUGAAUGCCCAGAAUGUGAAAAAUACUUCAGAACAAAUGGUCUUCUUCAAAGCCAUCUAAAAAUCCAUUCAGGUGAGAAACCUCAUAAAUGCCUGGAGUGUGGAAAGAGCUUCAGACAUUUGGGAAACCUUUAUAGACAUCAAAGGAUCCACUGGAGAGAGAAACUGAAUAAAUGUCUGGAGGGCGGAGAGUCCUUUGGAAGACUCAGGAAUCUCCAAAGAAUUCAGAAAGGAGAAAAAAAGUAUCAAUGCCCGGAAUGUGAAAAAUCCUUAAAAACAAAUGGACAUUUUCAAAGGCAUCUAAGGAUCCACUUGGGAGAAAAGAAAUUUGAAUGCCCAGAAUGCGGAGAGUCCUUUGGAAGACUCAGGAAUCUCCAAAGAAUUCAGAAAGGAGAAAAAAAGUAUCAAUGCCCGGAAUGUGAAAAAUCCUUAAAAACAAAUGGACAUUUUCAAAGGCAUCUAAGGAUCCACUUGGGAGAAAAGAAAUUUGAAUGCCCAGAAUGUGAAAAAUCUUUCAAAAGAAAUGGACAUCUUGUAAACCAUCUAAGAAUCCACUCGGGAGAGAAACCAUAUAAAUGUCUGGAAUGUGGAAAAAGCUUUGUUGUUGCUGGACACCUCAAUCAACAUCAAAUGAUUCACUCGGGAGAGAAACCUUAUAAAUGUCUGGAGUGUGGGAAUAGCUUCAAUAGGAGGGGAAACCUUUAUAAACACCAAAGAAUCCAUUCAGGGGAAAAGCCAUAUAAAUGCCUGGAAUGUGGAAAGAGCUUCAAUAGGAGGGAACAUGUUUAUACACAUCAAAGAAUCCAUUCAGGGGAAAAACCAUAUAAAUGCCUCGAAUGUGGAAAGAGCUUGAAGCAGAAGAGAAGCCUUAAUAGGCAUCAAAUAAUCCAUUCAUUAGAGGGAGCAGAUAAAUUCCUGAUUUAUGGAAAGACAUUCAAUUACAGAGGAAACUUUUAUAAACCUCAAAGAAUCCACUCAGGAGAAAAACCGUAUAAGUGCCUAGAUUGUGGAAAGAGCUUUAUUGAGGGUGGACACCUCCGUCAACAUCAAAGAAUCCACACGGGAGAAAAACCAUAUAAAUGCCUGGAGUGUGGAAAGAGCUUCAGUCAGACAAGCAGCCUUUAUACACAUCAAAGGAUCCACACAGGAGAAAAACCGUAUAAGUGCCUAGAUUGUGGAAAGAGCUUUAUUGAGGGUGGACACCUCCGUCAACAUCAAAGAAUCCACACGGGAGAAAAACCAUAUAAAUGCCUGGAGUGUGGAAAGAGCUUCAGUCAGACAAGCAGCCUUUAUACACAUCAAAGGAUCCACACAGGAGAAAAACCACAUAAAUGCCUGGACUGUGGCAAGAGUUUGUCUUCAAAGAGAAACCUUUAUUCACAUAAAAAAAUCCACCGAAGAGAAAAACCAUAUAAAUGCCUUGAGAAUGGAAACAGCUUUACCGAGGAUGGAGAUCUUCAUUAACAUCAAAGGAUUCACAUGGGGGAAAAACUAUAAAUGUGGCUGAGUGUGGAAAUACGUUUAGUUAUGAUGUAUAUCUCAGUAACUGAAUUCAAUUGAAUCAUUUGUUUAGCUAAAUGUGGUUUAGCCCCCCUGCUCAGGCAGGAAAUCCUAUACCAUUUCAGACAAAUGGUUGCCGAAUCGCUUUUUAAAAGAUUUCAGUGAUGAAGCAUAAGUACUUCUCUAGGUAAGCCCUUCCGCUGCUUAAUUUUUCUCACUGUCAGGAAAUUUUCCCUUAAUUCCCGGUUACUUGUCUCCUUGGUUAUUUUCCAUCUAUUAUUUCUUGUCUUCCCUUCUGGUGCUUUGAAAAGUAGGCUGACCCCCUCUUCUUUGUGGCAGCCCCACAGAUAUUAGAACAGUGCUAUCAUGUCACCGCUACUCCUUUUUUUCACUAUCAUCUGGAUAGAGAAUCAGAGCUGGAAGGGACCUUGGAGGUCUUCUAGUCCAACCCCCUGCUUAAACAGGAGGCAGUGUAAUUUGAAACAAGUGACUGUCCAGUCUAUUCUUAAAAGCCUCCAGUCAUAAAGCACCUACAAUUUUUGGAAGGCAAGCUGUUCCACUGGUUGUUUUCAUAUAAUCAUAUAAAUAUCCAUAGAAAUGGAUAUGGUGUCACUACAAUAGCAAUUGUAUAUAGGCUUAUGUACCUCCCCAUAGUGUUUCCCAGUGUCCUGUGAGCAGCUUUCUGUAAGUGUUGAAAACUAUUGUACUUUCACCGCAGCUGCACGGUAACACUGCAAUUCUAAAACAGGCACAACUUCCCAAAUUUUGAUCCCAAAGGAAUAUAUGGGUCCUCUAUUUUGGACACAUUCUAUAGAGGUACAUUGGUUCCAAAAUUGUCCUAUUAUGCUAUUAUGUGAAUCAAAACACACAACCCAAAACAAAUAAUCCAGGCUCACUGCAGUGUUUAUUGAACAGUAUGUACUGCAGUGGCUGUCCUGCAAAAGAUUUAGUGGGAGACACUCCACUGCAGACCAACAGGUAUAUUUAUACAUUACAGAAAGUGGAAAAUAUUAGAGGAGAGAAGGUGAGGGUACAUAUUCUUAAAUAAUAAAUCUCAGUUUGCUUUUCUGUUAUCUACAGAAGACUAUGAUCGUAGAAGAAACACUUGGAUCUUGAGAUUCAGGGGUUGCUACUGGAACGUUGUGGGAAAACUUACCAAUUUCCAUUGUGCCCACAGUUCUUUCCAUGCGCCUGGAAAUUAGAGUUCUCUCCUGGGUUAAUUCUUCCCCUGAAAAUAAGGCUAUCGACCCUUCUGCACACACUAUCCUUCCAUACAUGCUGCUAGGCUGGGGAGUUAGGCUGUUCGUUUAUUUAUUUAUUUAUUUUAUUUAUUUAUUUAAUCACAUUUUUAUACCGCCCUAUCUCCCAAGGGACUCAGGGCAGUUUACAGCCUGAUAAAAAACAUACAUAUAAAUACAGAAUAAAACAUCAAUUAAAAAACUUAUUAAAUAAGGCCGAAUAUUUAAAAUAGCAAUAAAAAUAAUAAAACCCUAUUAAAACCAAAUUCAAAAUUUAAAAUUCUAGUCCAGUCCUGCGCAAAUAAAUAGAUGUGUCUUAAGCUCGCGGCGAAAGGUUCGAAGGUCAGGAAGUUGGCGAAGUCCUGGGGGAAGUUCAUUCCAGAGGGUGGGAGCCCCCACAGAAAAGGCCCUUCCCCUGGGUGUCGCCAGUCGGCACUGCCGGGCCGAUGGCACCCUGAGGAGUCCUUCCCUGUGAGAGCGCACAGGUCGGUGAGAGGCAAUCGGUGGCAGCAGACGGCCCAGUAAGUAACCCGGCCCUACGCCAUGGAGCACUUUGAAGAUGGUUACCAAAACCUUGAAGCGCACCCGGAAGGCCACAGGUAGCCAGUGCAGUCUGCGCAGGAGAGGUGUCACAUGGGAGCCAUGAGGGGCUCCCUCUAUCACCCGCGCAGCCGCAUUCUGGACCAACUGGAGCCUCCGGGUGCUCCUCAAGGGGAGCCCCAUGUAGAGAGCAUUGCAGUAAUCCAGACGAGAUGUCACGAGAGCAUGAGUGACCGUGCAUAGGGCAUCCCGGUCUAGAAAGGGGCGCAACUGGCGAACCAGGCACACCUGGUAAAAAGCUCUCCUGGAGACGGCCGUCAAAUGGUCUUCAAAGGACAGCCGUCCAUCCAGGAGAACGCCCAAGUUGCGCACCCUCUCCAUUGGGGCCAAUGACUCACCCCCAACAGUCAGCCGCAGCUGCAGCUGACUAUACCGGGAUGCCGGCAUCUACAGCCACUCUGUCUUGGAGGGAUUGAGUUUGAGCCUGUUUCUCCCCAUCCAGACCCGUACGGCUUCCAGAUAACGGGACAGCACUUCGAUAGCUUCGUUGGGGUGGCCCGGUGUGGAAAAGUACAGCUGAGUGUCAUCAGCGUACAGCUGGUACCUCACACCGAAACCACUGAUGAUCUCACCCAGCGGCUUCAUAUAGAUGUUGAACAGGAGGGGCGAGAGAAUUGACCCCUGCGGCACCCCACAAGUGAGGCGCCUCGGGGCCGACCUCUGCCCUCCCGUCAACACCGUCUGCGACCAAUCAAAGAGAUAGGAGGAGAACCACCGAUAAACGUUGCCUCCCACUCCCAAUCCCUCCAACCGGUGCAGCAAGAUACCAUGGUCGAUGGUAUCAAAAGCCGCUGAGAGAUCUAAUAGGACCAGGGCAGAGGAAUAACCCCUAUCCCUGGCCCUCCAAAGAUCAUCCACCAACGCGACCAAAGCCGUCUCAGUGCUGUAUCCGGGCUGAAAGCCGAACUGGAACGGGUCUAGAUAGACAGUUUCAUCCAGGUACCGGGGUAAUUGACAUGCCACCACACACUCUUUGCCGCAAAGCGAAGGUUGGAGACCGGACGAUAAUUACCUAAAACAGCUGGGUCCAGGGAAGGCUUCUUGAGGAGAGGUCUCACCACCGUCUCUUUCAAGGCGGCCGGAAAGACCCCCUCCAACAGAGAAGCAUUCGUAAUCCCCUGGAGCCAGCCUCGUGUCACCUCCUGCGUGGCCAGCACCAACCAGGAGGGGCAUGGGUCCAGUAAACUUGUGGUGGCAUUCAACCUACUGAGCAACCUGUCCAUGUCCUCGGGAGCCACAGGAUCAAACUCAUCCCAAACAAUCUCAACAAGACAGCUCUCUGACAUCUCACCUGGAUCCACCCAAUUUUGAUCCAGACCAUCCCGAAGCUGAACAAUUUUAUCGUAUAGAUAACCACUAAACUCCUUGGCACGUCCCUGUAAUGGGUCAUCCCGCUCCCCCUGUUGAAGGAGAGAGCGAGUCACCCGAAACAGGGCGGCCAGGCGAUAUCUGCCGACGCAAUGAGGGAGGAGACGUAACAACGUCUCGCUUCCCUCAAUGCCACUAGGUAGGUCCUGUUAUAAGACCUAACUAGUGUCCGAUCAGCCUCCGAACGACUGGACCUCCAGGAACUCUCUAGGCGUCUUCUCCGGCGUUUCAUCCCCCUCAGCUCCUCGGAGAACCAAGGAGCUGGUUGAGACCUACGCCGGGUCAGAGGCCGCAAAGGCACAACACGGUCUAAAGCCCCCGCCGCGGCCUGUUCCCAAGCCGCGACUAGUUCCUCAGCCAUGCCGUGAGCCAGACCCUCAGGAAACGGCCCAAGCUCCGUCCGGAACCUCUCCGGGUCCAUCAGGCGCCUGGGACGGAACCAACGUACUGGUUCCGUCUCCCUGCGGUGUUGAAUGGCGGUCAGAAUGUCCAUGCGAAGGAGAGUGAUCUGACCAUGACAAAGGUUCAGUGACUAAAUCCCUCAAGUCCAGAUCCUUCAACCACUGACCAGAGAUAAAAAUCAGGUCCAGUGUGCCUCCCCCAAUGUGAGUAGGGCCAUCAACUACUUGAGUCAGGUCCAAGGCCGUCAUGGAAGCCAUGAACUCCCGAGCUGCUGUCGAUGACAUGCUGGUCGAUGGCAAGUUAAAGUCCCCCAUGACCAUAAGUCUGGGGGUCUCCACUGCCACUCCAGCAAGCACCUCCAGGAGCUCGGGCAGGGCUGCUGUCACGCCGCAAGGAGCCAGAUACAUGACAAACAAGCCCAUCUGACACCUAUGACCCCACCUCACAAAGAGGGAUUCACAACCGGCAAUCUGA